AUGGGAGGCAGCGCGGCGGGGCGGGGUGACGGCCGCGGCUCUAAAGGCCGUGGCUGGCGCUGGCCGAGGGCUGUUUGCCCCCGCCCGCCCCCGAGCAUGCAGUGCUUCCCCGGGCUGGUGCUGGCCCUGAGCUCGCUGCUGGGCGCCCUGGCGCUGCUGCAGCUCUCGCUGUACCUGCGGGUGCCGUCCCGCUACGGGAAGCACGAGGAGCGGCUGUGCCGGCCGCGGGGCCGGCUGCCCGCUCGCUGCGCCUGGUUCCUGCAGGAGCUUCCCUCCUUCCUGGUGCCCGCGCUGCUGCUGGCGCUGCGCAGCCCGCCCCGCCUCGAGCCGCUCGGCUGCCGCCUCCUCUGCUGCCUCUUCUGCUGGCACUACUUCUACAGGACAUUUAUUUACCCUUUCUUCACUAGAGGCAGACCUUUCCCACUGCAAUUGCUUUUCUUUGGCAUGUUAUUCUGUAUCUAUAAUGGCUUCCUCCAGGGGUACUACCUGAUUUACUGUGCUGAAUAUCCAAACGACUGGUGCACCGACAUCAGAUUUACAUCAGGCCUCCUCUUAUUUCUGCUGGGAAUGGGAAUCAACAUUCACAGUGACCUCCUGCUGCGCCAGCUGAGGAAACCUGGAGAAGUCACUUACAAGAUUCCUCAAGGGGGACUGUUCACCUAUGUUUCUGGAGCAAACUACUUUGGAGAAAUUGUGGAAUGGUUUGGUUUUGCCAUAGCAACCUGGUCCCUCCCAGCCUUCGCCUUUGCCUUUUUCACUCUUUGCUGCAUUGGGCCACGUGCUUAUCACCAUCACAGGUACUAUCUCAAGACAUUUACGGACUAUCCAAAAUCAAGGAAAGCCUUGAUUCCUUUUGUUUUUUAAUGAUUGAAAUAUGGACUCUUUUUUUUUGUUUGUUUUUAUAGGAUUUUUUUUUUUUUCCAGUUCCUGGUUUUAAUGUUAGGUCUGACUACAAUUGUACAAAUGACAAUCUGGGGGUACAACAGAAAAGAAGGUAAUUUGGAGUGGAAAUUCUUGUGGUUUUACCCUUUUUUGUGUUUUUGUUUUUGGGUUUUUUUACCCUUUUUACCCCAUCUGCAGGGUAAAUUGCAGAUACUUGAGGGCACAGGGACUCCCCAAACAACAUAUUUGCUUGUCUGUGGAGUUCUAUGGAAAAUGAACAUAUAACUACGCUGACAUCAGAGAAAAAGCACUGGAUAAAUAUUGAUGAAGAAAAGUAGAACGUAAACCCAUUACUUCGGAGCAAGUCUUCAGCAGCCACUCCAGUUUAUAGCACUUCUGCAACUGCUUCUUCCUGCCUCCAUGCUGUAGUACACGUGCCCUUGCUCUGCUGGCAGUGCCCUAUAUGUUGCCACUCUUUAAACCAGAGUAGGGGUCUCAUUUGCCCCCAAAAUUACUCAGCCCAUUAUUCUUCAUCUAAAAGCCAGCUUAGCUCCCAGAAACAUAAUAUUACAAGAGAGUAUUUGUGCUGGCACCAGGCUGGGAGCAGUGUGCCAUGGCACAGAGGUGAUGUUAAGUACACAUUAAGAGAUGGAAGCUGGCACUCACAAGCACAAUGUCUGUGUUCCUUCCUUAAGCAAUACUUUCCUCACUGUCAGAUGAUUAAUCUUCAGACACCAGGGUUUGUUUUUUCAAAUGUACUUUGUUAUAGCAAUUGCAGCUCCAUUAGGAUUUCUUUUUCUCUUGCAAAUCCAGAUCCCUUUUCAGAAUAAAAAUUUUUCCACUCAAAACCACUCAGUUGUUGUUCAUAAAAAGACUUGAGAUGAUGAUGUAUGACAAAAAUGACAACAAAUAAGAAGCCUUGUGUUAAAGAAAAUGUUCUCUGACACUGGCAGUACAUUUUGUCUGUGGAAAACGUUUUCAGAUACUCUUAUUAGGAAAUGAUGCAGAGAUGUUACUGAAUUUUCACAAAAGCACAAAAUGUCUCUUCCUAAUUUCAGAAUACAGUCAGGAACAUUAAAAAAAAGUCAUUAACCCUUUUCGGAAGAGAUGUCCUCGUGGAUGAUUUUAGUUACCCUUCAGAGCAUAAAAUCCUGCUAAGAAUUAUGCUGAGUAGCUGAAAAUAAAAAAGACCAGACUGCACACAUGGAACAUACUACCUGCUGCUGGAGUAA